AUGGCGCCGGAAUCGGCAGACGACAGCGUCCUUGUGGACGCACGACGACUGGAACGGUUUGUGUUCACGGCCUUCUCGGCCCUGGGUCUGAGCGAGUCCAACGCCCGGGACGCCGCGGACGUGCUGGUCAAGUCCGACGUCUACGGAAUCGAGUCCCACGGCGUGCCGCGCCUUGCGGGCUACGUGGGCCGGCUCAGGAACGGCUCCAUCGAGGGCAACCCGGAGGUGGUCGUUGUGCAUGAGCUGCCUUCCACGGCCCUGGUGGACGGCGCAAACGGCGUCGGCAUGGUGGUGGGCAAGCGGGCCAUGGAAAUCGCAAUACGGAAGGCCGAAGCCACGGGCGCGGGCUUCGUGUCGGUCCGCAACAGUUCACACUUCGGCAUCGCCGGCUACUACGCCCGCAUGGCGCUUGAGCACGACAUGAUCGGCUUCUGCAUGACCAACGUGGGCAGCGGCGGCGCCACGCCGGCGACGGGCGGCCGCACCGGCUUCUUCGGCACCAACCCCAUCGCCGUGGCCGCGCCCACCGGAACGCCUCCCGCGUUCGUCAUGGACUUCGCAACCACCGUCGUCGCAUCCGGCAAGCUGCAGAUCGCGCAGCGGCGCGGCCAGGAAGUUCCGCUCGGCUGGGUCGUCGACAGCGAGGGCAACCAGUCCACGAACCCGGCGGACAGGCACGGCGGAGGUUAUAUCCUGCCCCUGGGCGGCAUGCGGGAAACGAGCGGCCACAAGGGCUACGGGCUCCUGCUCCUGGUCGACAUCCUGUCCGGCGUGCUUUCGGGCGCGGCCGUUGGGGCCACGGCAACCAAGCUGACUCCCGAGGGCGCGCGAGCCGAGCAGGCCCGCUCCGACGGCGCAGGCUCCAACACCGGCCACUUCUUCGGAGCGCUGCGCGUGGACGGAUUCCGCCCCGUGGACGAGUUCAAGGCGCAGAUGGACGAGAUGAUGAGCGUCAUUCGCGGCUCCGAGAGGCUGCCGGGCUGGGAGCGCAUCUUCGUGCACGGCGAGCCCGAAUGGGAAGCGGAGCGCGACCGGCUCGAGAACGGAAUACCACUCGACCGGCCCACCUACGACUCCCUUGUGAAGGUGGCGAAGGACCUGGACAUACCCCUGGACGUGGAUCUGUAG